GGGCAGACAUCGCCUUCUUUGCGUCGCUCCUUGCUACUCGGGUACUCAUGGUGGUGUUCUCGCUAAAUGACCGUCUGCCGCCGGCCUUUCCUUCCUCGACACCUCGGUUCUAAGCCUUACACUUUGCUCGGUACCGCUAUUUCUCACAGCCUCCCUCCUUUUCCACUUCGUUUUUACGGUACAGCUCUCUGACCUGUACCGUCUUCCCCCUUCCUUCGGCGGACUAUCGCUGGACAUUUUCCAUUCAGUCAUCAUCGAGCGAUCGGACGUUCCGGUCUACUGUUUGUGUCUUCCUGCCCUCCAGUUGGAAAAAUUCCUUUUUUCCCUUCGAGAUGUUCUUUAUUCCUGAGCACCCUUGGAAGUAUCCUCGGGUUUUUCGUCAUGUCCUUUGGGUAACCUUGGAGGUAUCCUUGGACCCACUUCCUCGUGUCCUUCGGGUAUCCUUGGAGGUAUCCUUGGACCCCUUUCCUCGUGUCCUUCGGGUAUCCUUGGAGGUAUCCUUGGACCCCUUUCCUCGUGUCCUUCGGGUAUCCUUGGAGGUAUCCUUGGACCCUCUUCCUCGUUUCCUUCGGGUAUCCUUGGAGGUAUCCUUGGACCCCUUUCCUCGUGUCCUUCGGGUAUCCUUGGAGGUAUCCUUGGACCCCUUUCCUCGUGUCCUUUGGGUAUCCUUGGAGCUCUUCUUGGACCUUUUUUCUCGUGUCCUUCGGGUAUCCUUGGAGUUAUCCUUGCCUUUUGUCUAGCGUAUCUGUUUGUAGCUGCUCGAUGGUGUUCUGUGUUUGUUGUUGUUUCAGCUCGCUCACGUGGAUGGUCCUCUCCUUUUUUGUGUUCACGUGCCGUAUUUUGCAGAUUACUGGCGACGCAAAAUCCGUGACCUGGUAAGGUCCGUCGUAUCUUGGGGCCAACUUUGCUGCGAACCCCUCGGCCGCCUUCGACAAAUGAU